UAUUAUAAUAGGGGGUAAGCUGCCCCAGGCUACCAGCACGUUUCACUGGUGUUGGGGACAUUUAGAAUCGGGCUAACAGCCCAGACUCCAGCUUUGCAGCCUUUUCUCCUAUUUUGACAACUAAUAUCCAGCGGGUGUACCCUCCUGACCUACAGUAGAUGGUUGAGCUCAGCUAUACAGGAAGAACCAUCACCAGUUAUAGUUGUUAGUUUAGUGUUGGCACCAGGCAGUUGGGCAUCAUGGUGAUAUAUGAGAAGCAGAGAUGAGCAUAGCAUAUAGCAAUGAGCAGUAGAUUUUACAACAGAAUGUGGGUGGAAGCCCAACAAGAUCUGUCCCAGCUUCUCAAGCAGGAGAUGCCAGAGGUGCCUCCCAAGCCAGAAAAAGAUCGCAUGGCAGUUGCCCAGCAGCUCGGGACCCUGUAUAUCCGAUACCUACAGAUCUUCCGCAAUCUAGAAUUGGCGUAUGAUCAAAUAAUACAUCCACAAAAGAAACGGGUGGUCAGGCUGGUUCUGGACGGAGUGAUGGGACGUGUAUUAGAACUGAAGGAUGAGCUGGUGGAACUGGAGAUUUCAGAGUUUCAAUACUUUGAUGACAUUUUGCAAGAUCUAAAGCUGGGACCUGAAAGUUUGGAAAUUCCAAUUCCAAAAUACUUCAUUAAGGAAAAAAUUAAAGUAUUGAAGGAUCGUGAACGAAUACUUUCCCAGAUAUUGGAGCGCAAUGGAGCCAAGGCCACAGAAGAGGUAAAACCAUUGAAGUCAAUGUCACUAGAUGAGGCAGUUCGUGUCAUCCAAGUGUCUGAGAGGGCUCGACAGGGGCGGCUGAGAGCCAAAUUCAUGAGGGAGAUCCAUCUAGAGGAAAAGAGAGAAAGGAUGGCCAAACUUCAUGGGGAGAAGGUCCUGGACCCAGACCUGGCUGUACUUCAUAUCCAGAAGGUCUGGCGAGGCUAUAUUCAGAGGAAGAAAACCAGGCAGCAAAGAGAAGAGGAAAUGAUCUUCCUGGGCAUGGUGCCACCACCACACUUCAACAAAAUGAGCAUGGCAGAGGUAAUGGCCAAAAAAACUGAAUCCCUGCGGUCAGAAUUACAAGAAGAGCAUGAAGCUGGCUUCCAGCAGGCCCUGGUACAAAUAAAGGACACUAUACGAGAGACAGAGGGACUAGACAUUAAAGAGACAUUGCAAGACCAGAUUCGGCAAUGGUUCAUAGAAUGCAGGCACGCCACAGGAAAAUUUCCAGACUUCCCAGAUGAAGAGGAUGGUGGAUCAAAGGCCAUCUUUGCCCAGAAGACUCCAGAACAGGUUGCUGCAGAGCUAAUCGCUAAAGAAGAAGCCAAAGAUAAGAAAAAGAAGGAUAAAGGGAAAAAGGAAAAGGGGAAAAAGAAAGGAAAGAAGGAAAAAGAUAAAGCCAAAGGAAAAAAGGGUAAAGGCAAGGAGGAGGAAGAAGAACCAGGUUGGAAAAUGAACCCAAGCCAAUUUCUGCCUGACUUAUCAUCUGCAAACCACACUUAUGAAAGUGUUUGGCAAAGUCGUAAGGAGUCUUGGAACCUGCAUCAAGCACAUGAUCCUGAGCUCAUCAAAGAAGAUAAGAGGAAGGAAGUAGAAGAAGAGAUCAGAAUACAGGUGGAUGAGCUGAUGAGACAAGAACUUCAAAACCUGAAAUUGUCCGUAGACAGAGAUAAAAACAAGAAGAAAAAGGGGAAGAAAGGAGGAAAGAAAAAGAAAAAAGGGAAGAAAAGCGGAAAGAGAAAGAAAAAGAAGGAAAAGGAUUUAACACCAGACAGAACCAUAGACUCUCUAUAUGAGGAGCUGGUCACAGAAGGUCUUCUCAUCAAACCAAAGCCUGUGAAACUCUCCGAUUUUAUGGGUGAAUAUAGUUAUUUAGGCACUACCUUGCGCCAGGCUGACAUAGAACCAAUGCCAUCGCUUAGCGACGUCAAACAGCUUCUUGUCCUGUAUGGAGUCCUGCCAUUAGGCUGCGAAUCAGUCCAUGAGAAAGCUCCGCAGGUGAAAGCCUUUCUUCUAGCAGGACCAGCGGGUGUGGGAAAGAAGAUGUUGGUGAAUGCCAUCUGCAAUGAAACUGGAGCAAACCUGUUUAACCUAUCACCCGCUAACAUUUCUGGAAAGUACCCAGGCAAAAGCGGACUGCAGAUGAUGCUGCAUAUGGUGCUUAAGGUGGCCCGACAGCUGCAGCCAUCCAUCAUCUGGAUCGAAGAGGCAGAAAAGAUGUUUUAUAAGAAGGUACCAAAGACAGAGAAACAGUUAGACCCCAAACGUUUGAAGAAAGAUCUUCCAAAACUGUUAAAAUCCAUCAGAGCAGAAGAUCGAAUAAUUGUCAUAGGAACCAGUCAGCGACCAUUUGAUGCAGAAAUCAAACCUCUGUGUAAAGUGUACAAGAAAAUUGUUUUGGUUCCACGGCCAGAUUAUGCAGCACGCCUGGUUCUUUGGAAGCAGCUGAUUUCCCUUCGGGUAGACAGUGCACCCUCUCUAAAUUACAGUGCUUUGGCCAAGAUCACAGAUGGAUUUACCCCCAGUCACAUGGUGCAAGCAGUGGACAUAGUGCUCAAUGAAAGACGAAUAAGACAGCUUUCCCAAAAGCCACUAGCAGCAGCAGAAUUUCUGGGUUCAUUGUCCAAACAGGAACCAAUCUACAAAGAAGAGGAGGAGGCCUUUAAGACUUGGUACUCUAAGACACCACUUGGAAAGAAGAGGAGCAAAGCAAUGCCUGGUGCAGAGGAAGAGACGGGGAAAGACAAAGGAAAGAAGAAAGGAGCAAAGAAAGGGAAGAAGAAAUAGUAAAUUCAAAUGUUCAAAUAUUUACACCGAUGUGCCUGUACAAUAUAUCUUACAAUGAUUUCUAAUAAAUGUUCUUCAUACUCUGAA